AUGGCCAAUCGAUUGCUCGCCGACCGCGACGCGCUACCCGUCGGCAAGCGCUGGGCUUCCAACUUCGUUAAGCGACACCUAGACCUCAAGACGCGUUUUUUUCGGAAGUACGACUACCAGAGAGCUAAGUGCGAAGAUCCAGCUAUUAUUCGUAACUGGUUUACGGUUGUGGCGAACGCAAUCGCGAAGUACGGCAUCCGAUUAGAAGAUAUCUAUAACUUUGAUGAGACUGGCUUUAUGAUGGGUAUAAUUCAAAGCGGAAUGGUCGUCACAGGCACAGAUAGGCGUGGAAAGCCAAAAUCAGUGCAGCCUGGAAACCGGGAAUGGAUUACAGUCAUUCAAGCGAUCAAUGCGGAAGGCUGGGCGAUCCCGCCGUUCAUCAUCGGCGCGGGCCAAUAUCACCUCGCCAACUGGUACCGAGAAAGCAACCUCCCGGGCGAUUGGGCUAUUGCGACGACCCAAAAUGGCUGGACCGAUAACGAGACUGGUCUAGAGUGGCUAAAGCACUUUGACCGGUGUACAACCAAUCGAUCAAUUGGUUCCUAUCGUCUCUUGAUCCUCGAUGGCCAUGAAAGUCAUCAUUCUAUCGAUUUUGAGAGGUUUUGCCAGGAUAACAACAUUAUCACGCUCUGUAUGCCACCUCAUUCAUCUCAUCUGCUUCAGCCCCUUGACGUCGGGUGCUUCAGCGUGCUCAAGAACGCUUACGGUCGAGAAAUUGAGCAUCUGAUCAGAUGCUCUAUAACCCACGUUUCGAAGACCGAGUUCUUUCCGGCCUUCCACGCCGCAUUUCAGGCCACCAUGACACAAAGAAAUAUCAGAUCAGCCUUCAGAGGAGCCGGGCUUGUUCCUCUUGACGCGGAAAGUGUGGUCUCGAAGCUUGAUGUGCAGCUACGGACUCCAACGCCGCCUGAGGAAGUGGCUGAACCCUUGACCCCUUGGGUCUCAAAGACCCCAAAGACCGUGCUUGAGGCUCAAUCUCAGUCAGAUUACCUCGAGAGACGAGUUAUAACGCACAAAAAAGUAGCUCCCCAGAGUCAAUUCUAG